GAGCAGUCGAGCAGUAUGGCGCAAAGAGCGACUGCGGUGUUUGUGCUGUUUUUAAGUUUGUUUUUAGAUUUUUCCUCUUCACAGAAUUAUGUCCUGAACGAUAAAGACGGACUGGGGAGAGUUUUUGACGGAAUUGGCGGUUUGAGCGGCGGAGGGGCGACGUCUCGUUUACUGGUCAACUACGCAGAGCCUUACCGUAGCCAGAUAUUAGACUAUCUAUUCAAGCCAAAUUUUGGGGCGUCUCUGCACAUACUGAAGGUAGAGAUUGGAGGAGAUGCCCAAACUACUGAUGGGACAGAGCCGUCACACAUGCACUAUGAGAAUGAUCAGAACUACUUCCGAGGCUACGAGUGGUGGCUUAUGAAAGAGGCCAAGAAGAGGAACCCAAACAUCACACUCAUAGGUUUACCCUGGGCGUUCCCUGGUUGGGUGGGUAAUGGUAAGAACUGGCCCUAUGACUUUCCAGACAUCACUGCAGCAUACGUAGUGAACUGGAUCCUUGGAGCUAAACAGUACCAUGAUCUGGACAUUGAAUAUGUUGGGAUCUGGAACGAGCGAAGCUACAACAGCAAGUACAUCAAGCUGCUGCGGUACACUCUGGAUAAGAGCGGCCUGGAGAGGGUCAGGAUCAUAGCCAGUGACAACCUGUGGGAGCCCAUUACCCUGUCUCUGAUGUUAGACCCCGAGCUCAACAGAGCCGUAGACGUGAUAGGGGCCCACUACCCAGGCACCAACACAGUGAUGGAGGCCCUGAAGACACAGAAGAAGCUGUGGUCCUCAGAGGACUACAGCACCUUCAACGAUGAGGUUGGAGGAGGCUGCUGGGCUCGCAUCCUCAACCAGAACUACGUCAACGGACUCAUGACUGCCACCAUCUCCUGGAACCUGGUGGCCAGCUACUACGAGGAGCUGCCGUUCGGCCGAGACGGGCUGAUGACAGCCGAGGAGCCCUGGAGCGGCAACUAUGUGGUGGAGUCUCCUAUCUGGAUCACAGCUCACACCACACAGUUCAGUCAGCCUGGAUGGAGCUACCUGCAGACUGUUGGACAUCUGGCACAAGGCGGAAGUUACGUAGCCCUGACUGACGGAAAAGGAAACCUCACCGUUGUCAUAGAAACCAUGACUCACGAUCAUUCAGUGUGCAUCAGACCUCCACUCCUUCCCUUUAAUGUAACGGCACAGAAUGCAACAUUCCAGCUGAAGGGAUCUUUUGUAUCCAUCAAGGAGCUCCAAGUAUGGCGGUCGCAGUUUAACUUCAAGACUAAAAAGCCCUCCUUCUUCGAGAAACUGACUCCACUGAAGCUUUCAGAUGGAACGUUCACCUUGAAUCUGGCAGAAGACGAGGUUUACACCUUAACCACCGUUAAAACAGGACAGAAAGGCAGCUACCCCGACCCUCCUCCCUCUGCUCGCUUCCCCAAAGCCUACAAGGAUGACUUUAAUGUCCGAACCCCCCCCUUCUCUGAAGCUCCAGACUUUGCAGACCAAACCGGGGUGUUUGAGUACUACGUCAACCUGACCGACCCCGGACCUCACGUCUUCACCCUGCGCCAAGUUCUGACCCAGAGACCCGUCACCUGGGCGACGGACGCUGACCAGACCAUUAGCGUCAUAGGAGACUAUCAGUGGCAGAACGUGACUGUCACAUGUGACGUCUUCAUGGAGAAAGUGAAGACUGGUGGUGUUUUCAUAGCAGCCAGGGUGGAUAAAGGAGGGCAGUCAGUCCGCAGCGCUAAAGGAGUCUUCUUCUGGGUGUUUGCAGACGGCACGUACAAAGUCACCAAUGAUCUCGCUGGUCAGACAGUACUGGCUGAGGGACAGUCUGGUACUCGAGCGUAUGGUUGGCACACCUUAUCGCUCACUGUACAAGGUCAGUAUGCGUCUGGGAAGCUGAAUGGAUAUCCACUGUGGAAAAAAGCUGUGAUACUGACACCAAAGAACGGCUGGGCUGCUAUAGGAACACACUCAUAUGAACUGGCUCAGUUUGAUAACUUUGCCGUGGAGGCAGAAAAAUUAUUCUGAACACUGUGAAAUCAUGAUUCAUGUGAAUGUUGUGAUUAAUUUAUUGACUUGAUCAAUGUGAUGAUUUUAACACUUCAGAGUUCUAUCUCUGGCUUCAAGCUAUAUAGAUUUUAAAAUAAUGAUUUCACACAAGCAUUGAGGAUACAUAAGGGCACAUGAUGAAACAUGAAGCACUGCUCCCUUGAAAUCUGCUGUCUAAGAUUAAUGUACAUUAUUUUGCACUAUGUGGUUUUUAUGGAAUAAAAACAUUUUAUAUUUUAUGA